UAUUGACAUCUGAUCAGCCAUUUGGAGGAAUAAUGUUUGCUUAUGAUAACAGAAAAAUUAGGUUUUGGUCGCCGAAGAAGGGGACAGGUACCAGCAAUGCAAACGGUGUACCAUUUUCUGCAGUUGAAGGAUGGGGAAUUACUGGAAACGUUUAUAAUGAUUCGAGUGUUGUUGCUCAGAUAUUUGCUUUCAAGUUCAGUGAUCUUGGCCAAAAUCCAUUCGCAUAUGGAACAGAACUUCUAAAGGGUCCAGGAACCACAGAUUUAUACAAGAUUCUACCAUCGAGUGCUCCGGGAAGUAAUGGUAUAAUCAAUUAUUUAACAAUGAAAACAGAAGAAGAAGUCGACAACGGGAAUUACGGGUAUACCUUUUUUGUACCAGGAAUGAUAAAUGGCUUUAAUGAUUCCUCUUUCUAUGGAGGAUUAAUGUUUGGCUUUUCAUCUGACACAAUUUAUUUGUGGCGACCUCCUGAUGAUGGAAAAGGAUGUUUGUUUGCCGUAGGCGGGGCAUGGGGAAAUGGGGCUCACAGUGAAUGCAGCACGCAGGCUAAAAUAUAUGCACUGGGAAUAGAUUCCAACUUUGAAGAGGAUGUAUGUGAAGGCAAGGGUUGCUCAGCAACAAGAGUAGGACCCACGUGUGCUUGUGGUAGCAGCGGGUUUGAAGGCCAGUUUUGUGAUAGUCCCAUAGUAUGUGAUGCACCAAAUGAUUUUAACGCAAGCUUAGUUCUACCUAGUUCAGCUGCUAUGACCUUUGCCUUCAACUCUACUGUACAGUUUUCUUGUAUUGCUGGAUACGAACCUGUCAAUGGUAGUACUGUAAGAACAUGCACGCUUAACAAAACAUGGAGUGAGGAACCAUUGGAAUGUGACCGAAUUUCCUGUCCGACCCCUGACGUAGAACCAGGUUCCAAAAGCUAUAUUGAGACAUUAUCAUCUCUGAAGUUUGAGGAUGAAGUCAUUUAUGCUUGUGAUCCUGGCUACGGAAUUGCGUAUGGCGAUGAACAAAGAAUCUGUGAGGCUAACGGUAACUGGAGUGGAAUAGCACCUUUCUGCAAUGUCUCAUGUGGUCAACCGAUUAACAACGGUGGUGUAGAAAGGAUACCAUCACUUGGUGGUAACGUUGUUGGUAUCUGGGCUAAUUACACAUGCGCAACAGGACACGAGAAUAUGACAGGAAGUGCCAGUAGGUUUUGCCAGAUGAAUGGUAAUUGGACUGGUACUCCUGUAUCUUGUGCAGUGAAAUUUUGUGACAUUCCAGUAAAGGGCUCGAACUCUACGCUGACAUAUACAUCAACAUUUUAUAACUCUGUUGCUACAUACGCCUGCGAGGAAGGAUUUGUGAGCAAUAUCAAUCCGGAAUCAUUCGUUAAAACUGCUAUUUGUAUGGAUGAUAAAACCUGGUCUGAUUCUGCUCUAGACUGUCAACCUGUUAAAUGUUCACAUCCAGUACAUAGCACCUAUGUCCAGCCUAUAGAUGUUAUAAUAUAUAAGUAUAGGGACGUAGUUAUUUACCAGUGUGAAGUGGGCUACAUGUUGGGGAGUGGUGACCUUAUAAGAGAGUGCCAGGCUAACGGUACAUGGACAGGUGAUCAACCACAUUGCAAAGAUAUAGAAUGUCCAGCACCCAAUAACAUAACCAAAGGUGUAAUUAUAACCACUGGUAAGGUGUAUGGUGCAGAAGCUGUAGCAGUGUGCGAUGUUGGUGCUGCUGUCAUGUCGGGGAACAUUGUACGCAUGUGUGGAUUAUCUGGUACCUGGGUCGGGACAGAACCAGUAUGUCAAGAUGUGUACCAAGUUUUCCAAACAGGAAACACCACAGACAUAGGAAGUACCAACUACAGCUACGAUUUAGGUAAUCUGGCUAUCGAUGUGACAUCGCUUUCUAGAUAUAAGCGAUCAAAGAAAAGUGUUUACUACGACAAACGAUCUCAUAUUGCCAUAGGAUCAUGUGGACUAUUUGUUAUAAUUGCAGUGGUGACUUUUAUUUGUUCAUUAGAUCUCAUUAAGUUGAGUUCACAGAUGAAAUAUCUGUUAACACUACCUGAAAAGGUUUCUAAGAGGGUCGCCAUGGCAAAGAGACCUAAAAUAGUACACAAAGUAUUUGUCACACGGAAAUAAUAUGAUCAGAGAGUUAACAUAUCGACAAGUCAGUAAACAAUAACGAACACGUAACUCGCUUGAAAUGUAUUUGAUAUUAUUAGUUACAUAGUGUGUUAGUGACCUAAUAUGAUAUAUACGGGGUCAGUAAAUUCCAUAUGGGGUAAGAGCGAACCAAUUUAUGUCUCAUUUCCUAUCAUAACACAUCUUCUUAUUUCUAUAUUAAAGUGUUCAAGUGCUCAAUUUUAAGAAUCUUAUUCAAUUGGUCUGCACUAAAAAUAUAUUGCAAACAAUAACUAUUUAUUAUCAACAAACUUCAUAUAACAAUGUUAAACAGAACUUUCAAUACUUUUAAAUAAUAAAACAGUUCCAAAGUCGUAAAUUCACUACUAACCGUGUAUUUGACUUACAUUUCACCAAAAUAAAAAUAAAUUUUGGACAAAAUGAGAUAGGAUACAAUGCAUUAACUUAAUUGAAUAUUUAACAUUAUUUAUAGUUA